CUGCCCACCAGGGCCGCGCCCGGCCUCCACCACCUGAGUGCCUUCCUGGAGGAGCUGGAGGCUGUGGAGAUGAAGAGGUUCAAGCUCCAUGCAGGGACGGAGGCCGGAAUCCCCCGGGGGCGCAUGGAGGCCGCCGGGGCCCUGGAGAUGGCGCAGCUGCUGGUGGCCCAUCUGGGCAGCCGCCGGGCCUGGCUGCUGGCGCUCAGCAUCUUCGAGCGGAUCCACAGGCGCAACCUGUGGGAGCGAGGGCAGAGAGAGGACGCACAUGGUGGGACUGCACCUGAGCUCCAGUCAGCCUGCCAGCCCGAAGUCACCUCCGCCGCCCCCAGACAAGCGCACUAUGGAACCCAGGCUGGCCUAGAGCUCCUGGAGAUGCUCCGGCCUCGGCCUCCAGAGGGCUGGGGUGAGCGGGGCUCCCUGGAGCUGCUCGGCUGCCUGUACGAGACGCAGGAGCAGGACUUUGUCCGGCGGGCCCUGAGCCCCUUCCAGGUGGUGGUGGUCGGCAACGUUGCCACCAAGAUGGAGCACGCGGCCUGCGCCUUCUGCGCCAGCAGCUGUGAGAGCGCGGCUGUGCUGCACCUGUCGGGCGCCAGGGGGACUUGCAGGGCCGGCGAGGAAGAGGAGGAGCAGGAGGAGGAGGAGGAGGGGAAGGAGGAAGAGAAGGAGGACGCUGAGGGCACUUCGAGGACCCAGGCACCGGCUGAGCAGCCCGGCAACCGCCUGGGCCGGGCAGGCGCGGAGCUGCUGUGCCGGGGACUGCGGCACCCUGGCUGCAGGCUGCAGACGCUGCAGCUGAGGAAGUGCGGGCUGGAGGCUGGAGCCUGCGGGCUGAUCGCUGAGGUGCUGGGCAACAGCGGGCACCUGGAGGAGCUGGACCUGACGGGGAACGCCCUGCAGGAUGCGGGGCUGCAGCUGCUGUGCCAGGGGCUGGGGCGUCCCCACUGCAGGCUGCGCACCUUGUGGCUGAAGAUUUGUCACCUCACCGCUGUCUCCUGUGAAGACCUGGCCUCAGCUCUGAGUGUGAACCGGAGCCUGACAGAGCUGGACCUGGGCCUCAAUGACCUGGGGGACCCUGGGGUGCUGCAACUGUGUGAGGGCCUCAAGCAACCCCAGUGCAAACUGCAGACGCUUCGGCUGGGCAUCUGUCGCCUGGGACCAGCCGCCUGCACGGCGCUGUCCCUGGUGCUGCAGGCCGGGCGCCUUGGGGAGCUGGACCUCAGCUUCAACGACCUAGGCGACGCAGGCGCGGCCCUGCUGAGCAAGGGGCUACAGCACCCCGAGAGCCGGCUGCGCAAGCUGUGGCUGGAGGGCUGUGGCCUCAUGGGUGGAGCCUGCCAGGAUCUGUCGUUUGCGCUGGGCUGUGCCCCGGCCCUCGUCGAGCUCUACCUGACCAACAAUGCCCUGGGGGAUGCAGGUGUGCGGCUGCUGUGCAGGAGGCUACAGGCCAGCUGCAGGCUGCGUGUGCUCUGGUUGUUUGGCGUGGAGCUGAGCAAAUCCUCUCACCAGAGGCUGGCGGCGCUGCGGGCAGCGAAGCCCUCGCUGGACCUGGGUUGCUGAUGGCCCCAAAGGGCGAGACUCCCCCAGUGGGGACCCCAACAUGACACUGGGCCAGGAUCUGGGGGAAUCUGUGUGAGCUUGGGGGGCACUAUAUAUACAUAACCCCCAAAGGACCUGUAGGGAAGGCUGAGGCAGGAUGCUCACUGCCAAUUCCAG